GAAAAUGAUACUGUUACCCAUGUAUAAAUACUAAAACGCAAGAGGCAAGAAGCAGUCAGGAAAACAAAAUUCGAAAUUUGAAUUUAGACAGAAGCUUUGGAGACAAGAGGAAUCAAGAAUGGCAACAACAUCGAAGAACAUGAAGGGUUUCUACAGGCAGAAGAAGAACAAAGCUGCGGGAGGCAUCACCAAAUCAAAAUCCUCAAAGUCAACCAAAAACCCAUCUCUCAAACACGCCGCUACUUUCGGUUCUGAUAUUACCCAAUCCCCUGCCCUUAUUUCUCAUGGCGGUUCUCUCGAUCUCAAAGAUGAUUUGGAUGAGCAAGAGCAAGUUUUAAGGCUAUUUGAUAUGAACAUGGCAUAUGGACCGUGCCUUGGGAUAACGCGGCUGGCUCGUUGGGAAAGAGCUCAAAGGUUGGGGCUAAGCCCUCCUAAAGAAAUUGAAAAUCUUUUGAAAGGUGGGAAAGUGAAUCUAGAAUGUUUAUUUGAUGGUCGUGUUUAGUUCAUUAGUAGCUAGACCAUGUUUAGGUCAAAUCAAUGUACAGCUUCUUGCUGCGCUUGUUGAAUGUUGGGUGUUUUUGAAUGUUGUCAUGGACCUGGAAAGUUUGUUGGUCUUUAGUGCAGAUGUUUCUGAUUGUGUCGGAAUUUUAUUAAAUUUGCUCUGCCAAGUUACCUCUUGUGGUGGGAGUUAUUUGGCUGUUAACAUUCUAAGCUGUGAUGGUAAGUUUCCUUGGUGUAAUGAAUUCGAUCUUGGAUAAUUACUUGGGGAUUUUCUAGGUAA